AUGAUGACGUGCCGUCUGCUGUGCGCCCUGCUGGUGCUCGCCUUGUGCUGCUGCCCGUCCGUUUGCGUGACAGGGACUGAAGGUAAAGCUGAAGAAGCUGGAGAUCAAGAUACGGACAGCUCCAGUUCAUCGCCUGCUCAGCAACAGGAAGCAGGUGUUUCAGGACCCAAUGAGACAGCGCCCCUAAGUCAGCCCAGUACUGUACAGACACAAGGUGAAAACCUCACAUCACAAGUAUCAGGUCCGGGUCCCGGUGUGCCAGGAAGUCCAGAUACAACAAGUCCGCAGUCUAUUUUAGAGCAGGAACAGCAACCAAGUGGGUCGGUUAGCGCGGCAGCAGCAUCAAGUUCCGUGACCGCGCCUGUAUCGGCACAAAGUGAGAGGGAAAAUACGCCAACAACAACAACCACGACUACGACAAAAGCACCAACUACCACCACCACUACGACUACUGAGGCGCCAACUACAACGACCACUCGCGCACCGUCACUUCUUCGCGAAAGCGACGGCAGCCUCAGCAGCUCUGCGUGGGUGUGUGCCCCGCUGCUGCUCGCCGUAUCCGCGCUGGCGUACACCACUCUGGGCUGA